GGCUUCUACGCCCUAGGUAGUGCACUGUAGAAGUCCAGGUAAGGGGUUUGGGAUAGAGUGUGAGAAAGUGUUUGUGGGGGAAGCGACUAGCUGAAAGUGGACAAAAGUUGAGUUAAAGUGUGCCAGCGUGCGCGUGAAGGUGAAAAGAUGUCCCUGGUGGAUUUGGGGAAGAGGCUUUUAGAGGCUGCUCGUAACGGUGAGGAUGAAGAAGUGAGGAAGCUGAUGGCCAACGGUGCCCCCUUCACCACAGACUGGUUGGGAGCAUCUCCACUGCACUUGGCGGCUCAGUAUGGUCAUCGCUCCACGGCCGAGGUUCUGCUGAGAGCUGGAAUCUGUAAGGAUGCGCGCACUAAAGUGGACCGAACCCCACUGCACAUGGCCGCCACCGAAGGCCAUGAGCUCAUUGUAGACUUACUGAUCAGGAAUGGUGCGGACGUGAAUGCUAAGGACAUGUUGAAGAUGACAGCGCUGCACUGGGCCACUCAGCACGGUCACCAUGACGUCGCUCAGCUGCUCAUCAAACAUGGAGCGGACGUUCACGCCCUCAGCAAGUUCGACAAGUCUCCCUUCGACAUCGCCAUGGACAUCCAGCACGCAGAACUGGCCAACCUCCUGCAGGAGGGAAUGCAGAAGCAGGUGAACAGGAAUGCAGAGUCGUCCAUCGCUCCCCAGUUCAUCAUUCAGGGAGGAGUCAUUAACAUCGCUGAGCUGGUCAAACCCAACACAGGUAACAGUGAGGAUGCGGUCGCGGUCAGCGCUCUGGACCAGCAGGUGAUGAGUGAUGCUGGACAGAGGGUGGUUACUAUAGUAACAGAUCAGCAGGGUCACCUACAGACGAGACUCACACAGCCGCUGUACGUCACCAUGCAGAACGGACGGCAAGUGUUGGCCGUUCCCUCCGGUCAGUUCACACAGGAAGCAGUGGAUGAAGAAGCUGAACCUCCGGUACGACGAAGGAAAAUCGAAGUGGUCUCUGUUAAUCACAUUGACACCAGAGACACGGAGCAGCUGCAGAGGCGUCUGGCCGAGGCCAACAUGGCGGCCCAGUUGUACAGACAGCAGCUGCUGCAGAAGGAACAGGAGGCGGAGGAGUACCGCAUGCAGCUGGAGGCCAUCACGGAGCGAGGGAUCACACAGGAGGACGAGUGUGUGGAGGAGAAGCAGGAGGAGGCCGAGGAGGAGGUGGUGCUGCUGGCUGACGGAGACGUGAUGCUCAACACAGAGGAGAUCCACUCCACGGCUAACAUCUCAUAACGCCUCGCCUCGCGGACUCGCACGUUUACGUCCCCGUGUGUGUGUGCGCGCGUGUGUGUGCGCUUUCUUUUUCAGCUCUGGAUCAAGGAGAACAAAAACUUUUACAAGUUUCUAAGAGAAAGACAAACUCUACUAUGUUCCUCUGUGUUUUUUUUUACCUUCUGCUUCAGUAAAAUGAUCCAUGUUUACUGUCUGCCUGAGAAAAUGCUCUGUUUUUCCCUCCAACUCUAUUUUUUUCCUUCAAAGACCAAAUUUAAAGUUGACUCUUCUAAUACAUUUGUGAGCAAUUUCUAAAUCCUGCUUGUCAUUUUUUUUUGUGUUUAUGGAGAUGUGAGUUCUGAUCCAGGGAUGAUUCUGUUCUACUUCACUGCGAUGAUCUUUUCCUCAAACACUUCUACAUUCAGAUCAUCACCAUAGAGUGACUGGAUUUUAACUCUACAGGAAAGUUAAUCUCAGGUACAGAUGGUUUCAGUGUGAAAUUCUUACAGAAAGUAGAGUUAGCGAUGUUGACUAGCACAUUUGUCUUCAAGCUGGACUGAUGAAGUGACCAGAGUGGCUCAGUGUUUAUGAGGUGUGUGUGGGUGUGUCAGUCUUAUUAAAGGAGGCGUGGCCUGUGUGUUCACCCCCUGAGACCAUCACGAUUCAUUUCCAAUAAAUCCUCUAAACACACACUGUA